AUGAAUGAACCAAAUAGAAUAUAUGGUCAAAGAAUACCUAGGGUAUCAUACAGUGGCUAUUCCUAAGAAAGAAUAGAGUCAUUUGUAAGAUUAGUUAAAUAAUUUGAGUAUACUCCUGAAUAUAUCAAACCCUAUAGAAAGUUAAUUUUAGAUGGCAACUAAGAUUUUAUCAAAUUCAUAGUCAUAUGCAUUAAUGAUUUGGUUUAAUAUUGCGAUGACUAUGAGCCAUGGUCUUAAUUUAAUUCCCUCAGAAUUCUCAAAUAACUAAUAGAAACUUUCUCAGAGGAAUUUUAAGUUGAAGUAGAGUAGAACUUAUUAGAAUAAUUAUAGAAAGUAGCAUUAAGAAUAAAGUAAAGUAGUUAAGAAAAUGGAAGUCUCUAUUUUAUUAAAGAGAAUUGUGUUCAAAGUAAUGAGUUGAGAUUCUUAGGCUAAUAAUACAAUAUUUUAUUAUUAGAAUGCUUGUAAAUUUGGAGUAUUUGGUUUAAAAAUUCUAAAUAUGAAGCUGUCUAUAAUCAUCUAAAAAAUGCUGGCAUCAAGUUUCCUUAAAAUUAUGUAUAUUUUUCUCCUACAUAGGGAUAAAUGACUCCAGAAUAAGUUUAAAAAGAAAUAUAAAGCGUAAAAUAAAAGUAUGAUCCUCAACCAAAAGAGACAGAAAAAAAAGAUAAAGCAGAUAAAGAAAAGGGAGAUAAAGGUGAAAAAGAUGAAAAAACUGAGGAGAAAUAAGAUAAACAAGAUAAAAAGGACAAGGAAAAAGAUAAAGAAAAAGAGAAAGACAAAGAAAAAAUAGAGAAGGCCAUUUUAAUGAAUACAAUAGCUGAUGAAAAAAAAACAAGCAUAUAAAAAAUAUUUGAUUUUUUGAAUAAGUACUACGAAAAUAAUUUACAUUAUUAUAGUAUUAGAAGUGUCUUAGGAAGAACUGAUCUUGAUUAUUAUGAUUACAAUAAUAUAGAAAGUUAAGUUUCAGCAAAUGAUUAUUAUAAGAAGUAUUUAUUUACCAUUUCAACAUUAAAAUUUGUUGAGCUUGGUUUCACAGAAAAGCCAUAUGCAUUUGUUAUUUAUUGUUACAGGAUUUUUAUGAUAAAAUUUUUAGUAAAUAAUUAAGAUAAAGAUUACUAUAAUUUGUUUGUUGAUUAUCUUUUGAAGACACUAAUAAAUCUUACAGAAUAUUAGUAAAAAUAUUAUAAGGCUUUAAGAGAUUCAUACAAACCUAUAAAAACGUGCUAUAAUACUGAUUAAAAGGCUAUAGUUAAUUACUAUUAGGAACUUAUCAAUCUAAUGAAUAGGUUUAACAAAUUAUACCAAAAUAAUCAAUAUUUUUAGGAAUUUGAAAAUCUAAUCACAAAGUUAAAAGUUAAUAAUUCCAUUUUUUAAUUUAAUGAAUAAACUGAUGAAAUAGAAUAACUUAGAAGUCAAUUACAAGAAAGAUUAGAAAAUAAAAAUAAAGAGUUGUAAAAUAUGCUUUUACAUCCUACAAAUAUGCUGGAUAUAAAAGAGGCAUUUAAAUUAAAGCUAAUAUAGUUGAACUAUAGGAGGAAAAUGCAGAUUUUGUAAAACAAAGUGGUUGCAUUUUAAUAUUUUACAAAAUAAAAACCAAGCAGUUUUAGUGUCACAAACUUUUAAUUGUCUUCUAAAAAGAAGCAUAUAGUCUAUAUUUAGGUUGAUGAUCUCAAUGAAGUUUUUAAAGCUUUAGAAGAGUAAGAAAAACUGAAUUUUCCACUACAUAAUAAAGAACUAAGGUUUUUUCUUUCAAAAGUUUAAAUAAAAUAUGAUUAAAAGUAUGAAAAUCAGGGUAUUUUACUUUCUAGAUUAAGCUUUAAAAAUUGCUCCACUUAGUUAAUCAAUCGUUUUAUUAUGCUGAAUAUCACUUCAAAGGAUAAGACGCCUAAAUCUCUAGAAAUUAUUAAUUGUGCAAUAAAUGACUAUGAGCUCAGAGAUUUAUUAAAACACUUAGAAAUAAUGAAUAACUAAAAUAGAUCAACCGAUUUAUAUCCUAGGUAUGAAAUGAAGCUUAGAGUAGAAGGGUGUAGAAAUCUCUCUUAUUCAUUUUUAGAAAUAUAUAAUCACCAAGUUGAGAAGUGGAAUUAAUUAUAAGAAAGAUAUUAAAGUAAUAAAGAACAGUAUAGAUCAACAGUAAGGGAUACAAAACUUAACCUUAUAAUAAAAAAUUCAGCUAAUUUUAAAGGUGAGGACUUUUUAAAACUAUCCACUUAUGAAUCAAUGAGAGGAGCAACAGGUAUUAAGUUAAAAAAAUUAGAUGGAGAAAACAUAGAAAAGUCUAUGCAUUUUAUGUUGUCAGCUCGUUUUAUUUACACAAAGGAAGAAAUUUAUUAAAAAAGUGCGUACUAUGCUACAAACCUUAAAGGCUUAAGUUUUGAUUCUUCAGUUUGUAGUAACUUUGAAGAUCUCCCAUUAAAUGAAGAAUACUUUAGUAAAUAUUUAAAAAAAAUAAGCUUUAGAUGCAUAUCUUAAAUAAAAUAAUGUAUAAGUUUUUCUAAAAUGGCAAUACAUUCAUUAACUGAAUUAAAGGUUUUAAAAUUUAAAAAUUGUAUUCUAACACCUGACUUUUUCAAGAAUUUGUCAAUGUUAUCGUCCAUAGAUCAAUUGACAAACCUUAAUUUUUAAAAUUCAUAAUUUGAUUCUAAUGAUUUAAACACAUUUAUUAAAACAACUAAUUUGAUAUCACUAUGCGAAUUAAAUUUGAGCUAAACUUCUAUAGAUGAUAAUACAUGCUAUUCAUUAUAUUAUUUUUACUCUAAUAAGUAAGUCCUAAAAUCUCUUGAUAUAUCUAAUAAUUAAACUAAAAAAUUAACACAUAAAGGGAUAAAAUAUUUGACUUACAUACCUAGUUUAUAAAAUUUAAAUAUAUCAAAUUGUUAGCAUGCCGUUGAAGAUACUCUUUCAAUUUAUAUAGUUGACUUAAUAAGGAGGAAAAAUAAGAUAUUAAAAGAUGAAUAUAAAGCAUUGAUAAUACAAUAUAUCUAAAAACUAAAAAAUUAUUUACAAAAUAAAUUUAAAAACCAAGAUGAAAAUAUAGAAUAAUGCAGUAAGGAAGAGUAACAGGCUAUUUAAAUUCUUGAUGAAAUUAAAUAAUUAAAAUUAACUUCUUAACAAAAAAUCAAUUAAAAAGAUUAUGAAGACUAUUUUAACCCAAAUGAUACAAAUAUUUAUCUUCACAUGAUAGAAUUUAGAGUUUAGCAGUACUUAAAAGAAACUCAAUAAGGCAUAACCUUAAUGAAAAAAAAAGAAAAAGACCAUUUUGAAGAGUAUAAGCUGAUAUAUGAUAAGAUCAAAGAGAUGGAAGAUCUAAAAAAUAGUUUUAAUCCCAAGUGUGGAAUAGAUACCAUAGAUUUUUCAGGAAAUAAAAAUAUAACAUCUGUUUUCUUUGAGUAAUUUGCAUCUUAUGACUAUUUAGAAAAAAUCUUCUAUUUGAACCUCUCAAAAACAAGUGUCUGUGGAGAAAUUUUUACUUAUAUCAAUCAAUUUGAUGAUUGCAAAGACUAUAAAGGCUAAACUAUUCAAAGAAAUGUUAAUAUAUAUAAAAAAGGAACUUUGGAUGAGGAAGAAAUAGAAAAUAAUUAAUAAGAAGAAGGAAAAGCUGAUGGUUCUUUAAAAAAUAUAGAUGAAUCAAUGGGUGAAAAUGAAGAUAAUCACGAAGAAAAUGGCGAAGAUGAUGAAGAUGAUGAAGAAGAUAAAAAAUCAAAAGAUGUCGAAAACAAAGAGAAAGAAAUCAAUUUAAAACAAGAAAAUGAAUAGAAAAAUGAUGGUUAAAAUUCACCAAAAUAAAAAAAUUAAGCUAAAGCUGAAGAUUAAAUUAAAAAAUAAGAAGAAAAUAAUUUAUUAAAACCACCAAAUGAUUAAACAAAAUCAAUGUAAAAUGCCAGCUAGUAGUUUGAAAGCGUAAACUAAUAUUUAGAAGUUUUAAUUCUUUCUUAAUGCUAAAAUAUCAAACCAAGUAAAUUUAAAAAUCUUUUUAACACUGUUUUUCAUAGUUUGCAGGAAUUAAACUUAAAUGAUUGCAAUUACUUUGACAUAGAAUUUGAAGAAUUUAUCAAAAAUAAAUCAAAUUGCUUUAAUUUACUUAAAAUUAUUAAUCUUCAACGCUCUAAUAUAACAAACGAAACUAUGUGGAAGUUUCUUUCCGAAGACAAAUCCCUUUGCGAAAUUUAUAUUGAUUUCUCAAAUUUUUCAUAAAAUCCUUACUUCAGUAAAUAAAUAGAAAUAUCUAGCCAGAUUAAUUCUAUGUAGAACCUAAAGGGAAAAAAUUCAAAAUAAAAUAAAAACAAAACGGUAAAAGCAAAAUUAGAAGAAAAUCGUAUUUUACCAUGUUUAUUUGUUUUCUCAGCUGUUGGGUGCAAGCUUUGGGAAGACAAUCACCUCUUGGAAAUCUUAGAGCAAAUUAAGAGCUAAAUAUUUGAUUUUAAUUACUUUUUAGGAUGCUAUCGCCAUCUAAUUACCAAAAAAUUAGUCUAUUAUUUAAUUUAAGACUAUUAAUUAUUAAAAAGAUACUUUCAUUUUAAUAUUACUGGAGCUGCUCUACCAGAUAUUGAUGAAUCCGAAAAAUAUUAAGAAGAAACAUAAUAAUUUUAUAAUGUUUUGCUUAAAGGAUUCAAAAAAUAAAAAAUAGUGAAAAAUAAAAUUUAGAACUCUAGCCUUGAGACUAUUAUUUUAGACAAUACUAGAAUCAAUUACAAGCUCUUUUCAAAAAUUAUCAAAUAUCAUCCUUCAAUCAUUUACAUUUCAUGCUAAAAUACUCCAUGUCUUCAGCCUAUCAGUAUUGCACAUAAAAAAAAAAUAAAUAAUGAAGACGUGCUAAAUAUUGCUCAGUUGAUGUAUUUGGUUAAUUAAAAAAAUAUGUCUUUAACUGAAAGAAAUAUAAAUGAGGUUCUUUCAUAGAUAAGAAAAAUUAAAGAAGAAGAAAAAAAAGUUGGUGAAAAACCAAGGAAGAUUAGAAAGCUUAUACUGAAUGGUAACUAAUAACUUAGCAGUCAAACUAUUGAUAAACUUAUUUUUGAACUCUUUCCCUACUUAAACUCUCUUCACUUGCAAUAUACUAAAGUAGAAUCUAAUACCAUUCUGUAAGUAAUUGAUAAGGGUUCUGGUAUAGAGUAUAUAGGAUUAAAAGGUUGUCUUCACCUCUCAAAGGAGGUUCUUAUUUCUAUUUGCAAAAGCAAAAAUUUAUCUAAACAUUUUAGGUUGGAGUGUGUGCUUGAAAUGAAACAUUUGAUUGAUUAUGAAGUAUUAAUAGCAAUGUCUUAAUCAAGGUAUAUGUCAAACAUUCUCUAUUUAGAUUUAUCUGAUAUUAAGUUACCAAAUAUGGAUGACUGUAUUAUGAGUAUUUGCUUUGUUGCUUAAGAUGUAAGCAUAAAUUUGAGAAUUAUAAAUGUAGAAAAUACACUGAUUAGUGAUAGAGGUUUUUAGAUGAUUUCUGUUUCAUAAAAAUUCAGAAAUCUAGAGAGAAUAUAUUUUAAAGAUUGCCCUUUGAUUACUGAGAGAGGUGUUUCAUUCAUUGUAGAUUCAAAUAAUUUAACAAGAUUUGAUUUAGGACAUUUCUUAUACUAGAAUUCAGGGUUAUUAAAUGGAAGAAUCAUAGAUACUCUCAAAUAUUCAAACAGAAAAAUAUUUUUUAGAGAAAUUAACUUUUAGGAGUCAGUUAUUUCUGAUAAAGAGCUUUAAAAACUAAUGAAUGAGACUUUAACAGAUGAAUUCGCAGUUAAAACGUUUGAUUUUAGGUUUACCCCUAACCUCACUUCAGAGGGUAUCAGGUCUGUUUAUAACAUUUAUUAAAGAACUGUAAGAAAAUUAUAGUAAGGAUAAAAUUAAAAUGAAGAAAUUAGAAAUUCUUAGUUAGAGAUAAUAUUCUUAGACAAUAGAAGGAAUAAAUCUUUAUUUUAUGGUUUACCAAAAUACGAGGAAAUAUUUAACAAAAUGUUAGACAUUUAAUAAAUUUGUAGAGAUCCGAAUGCCUCAUUAUAAUAGUAGAUUUCUACACCUUAGAAUAAUGCUUAAGCUAAAGGCUAGGAUAAAAAUAAAGAUUAAAAGACUACUAAUCAAUAAUAAAAUAAUAAACCUGCAUAAUAAAACUCUAACAAAAAUAAUUAAAUUCCAUAAACAUAUGAAGAAAGUGAAAUUGCUUAGUGGAAAGAAUAUAUUUUAAAAGAUGACCCAUUUGUUUCUUUUACAUUUGAUGAAGAUCUUAAAAAAGAUAAUGUUUUAGUUGAUAUAUUUUUAUACGCUGAAAAUCUAUUUUAUUUCAAGUAUGACUAUUUUAUUAAAAUCCACAAAGAAUUAAUUGAUAACAAUAUAUUAAUGGCUUUUUCUUUAAUAAGAUAUAUCGCCUAAAAAAAAAUAUAUCAAAAAAAUAUUAUUGAGUAAAAUAAUUAAAAUAACAAAGCUUAAGAUGAGGCAGAAGUAAAUUCAUACAAAUAAUCUUUAGACUUCUUUAAAAAUGUCAAGCGUAAAUUAAACUAUAUUGACCUAUCAGAUAAUAAUUCACUUUCAGAAUAGGCUCUUUGUAUAUUCUUUUUAAACUCUUUGAUACUAAGAGAUGUUUAAAUUAUAAAUUUAUCUGGCACAUAAGCUACUGAAAAAGUAAUCGAAGCCAUUAUAGCAAGUAAACAUCUAGCAGGAUUAUAAUUUAUAUAGUUAGAUUAAUGUCCAAAUAUAAAAGAUAUUAAUUUUGUUUUAAACAAAGUUUUGGACUAAAAAGAGAAAAAAGUCAAUUAUUAAUAUGACAUCAGGAAAUUUUUCUUUUAUUAUUUAACAUAAAUUAAUGACGAAACUUUAGCAAGAUAUCUAAAAUAUUUUAUUGAUAAAUAAAUAAAGGUUGAAUGCAUAAAUCUUGAAUCUUCUAAUGUAAAUGGAUUAUUCUUAAAGUAUUAAGGGUGUUUCUAAAAAAUUAGAGUGCUUAAUCUUUCAGACACUUAUUUUCAAUUCCAAUAUCUUAACUCUCUUGCUUCUUAAAAAAACUGCAUCAAAACUAUUUGGGUUGAUAGAACUUAUAUAAUGACAGAUAAGGUUAUUAAGUAGCAAAUAGAAUAAGGAACAUUUACUUUAUUUACAGAUAUUACCAAGCCACAAAAUGAAGCCAAGAAAUUAAGAAUUGAGGAAUUUUUAUACUCUAAAGGAUCAGAGUUAAAUAUCUCACUAAAUAGUUUUUUAAAGACUUCAUUACUGUAUUUCAAAUAGAAGAAUUUGAAUCUAAAUUAUUUCCCUCAAAUUGACCCUAUUUUAUUAGCUGAAAUUCUAUUAAGUACUAAUAUAAGGCAUUUUAGAUAAAUAUGCUUAGAUUUUAAUCUUAAUUGCUAAAUUCCUGCUUUCAAAAAAAUUCUCAAUUUAAUUUAUAUUGCUUGCAAAAACAGUGAGUUGUUUUGUUUUAAAACCGACAAGAUUUCUUUAAAAUAUCAAAUAGAUAUUUAAUAUUUUAUUUAAUAAAAUUACAUAAAGCUUGAAAAUUUAAUUGGUUUGGAAAAAUAAAAAGAAUAUUUAGAUAAGUUUAUUUAUGUAUUUGAAAAAGCUAUAGUUGAUCCUUCUAUAACAACUAAUUUUCCUUUUAUUUUAUAAGAAUCGCUAUCGUUGAUGGAGAAGUACUAUCGUUUUAUUUAAAAUUAACAAAUUGAUCUAGAAGGAGAAGAUAAAAUUAUAAAGCCUCUUCCUAGAAUUUAAAAUUUUUAUUAUAUUUUCUUAUUUCAGUCAUUUUAGUUCACAGAGCUUGAUUUAAGCUCAACUUUUAUUGAAAGAAAAUCCCUUAGACUUCUUUUAAAGCAUUUAAGAAAUGGAAAUAAUUUAUUGAAGCUUAAUCUAAAUCAUCAAAAAUUAGUAUAUGACUAAGAUAUUAUAAAAUAUCUCAUAAAAAAAAAUGAGCUAAAUUAGCGCUCGUUUAAAUACCUAGAAAUAUUGAAAGUAGAAGGUACUAAUGUUACUUAGAGAAGUUUAUGCAGUAUAUUACAAGAAUGUCCUUUUAGCAGCUCUUUUAACAUAUCUGAAUUAAUGGAUUGCUACAUUUAGAACUAAAUAUCUAACAAGUACAAUGCCAUAAAUAACUAGUUAAUAGAAUAUUUGAUAAAUAGUCGCUAUCUUUUAAAUAUUAAAAAUUUAGAUUUAAAAGAAAUACCUAUUACUGACAAUAUUCUUCAAUAAUUGUUUUACAGUAAAUAUGCUGUGAAUAUAGAGAAAAUAUAAGUAAAUUACGAAUAUGUUAGUAAUUCAACUUUUAUUAGUUUGGCAAGCACCAAAAAAUUACCUCUGCUGAAAUCAUUCUUCAUAGAUAACGAUUCAAUAAACUGUAAAACUCACUUGCAUUACUUGUUAAGAGCUAAAAACGUGCAUUUAGAUCUUGAUAUGUCAUAAAUUAUUUUUGAAAACAAUUUCAUGUUCUAAUAGCAAAACUAUGUUAUGAGUAUGAUUGAAAGUAUUUAUAUGCUCAAACAAAAGACGUUGGUUAUGAAAAGUAUUCAAGAAAAUAUUGAAAAUAUUAAUUAAUUAUUGAAACUUUCGCCCUAUUUACAGAAUAUUUAAGUUAUACAGAUAACCAGCUUAGAAGAUAGAGAUUCUUUUUAUCCAAUAUGGGUUAAUUUGGCUAAGACAAACAAAUUACCAAAUCUUGUUGAUUUAAAUAUUUCCAAAGUUAAACUUUAACAUUUAAAAAUACUACUUGUUUAAGAAAAUAAACCAAAAUUGGAUCUAUCCAAAUUAAUUUAUGAAAAUGGAGAUGUGGUUGAUGAGGAAUGCCUUUAAAUUCUUAGCAACUAGCCUAAUCUUCUAAAUAUGGAAAUUCUUGAUCUUUCAUCCUUAAGGAUAAUUUAAAAUAAAAUUAGUAGUUCAAGCUUGUUGGAACUAGCCCUUAGUAGAUAUGUGUGUAAUAUCAAAAAAAUAAUAUUGUAUGAAGAUUAAGAGAAAGUUAAAAGAGCUUCGCUUCCCAAGCUGGAAGAUAAACUGUAAAAAAAGCUUAAUAAGCAUAAAAAGAUUUAUGAAAUUUAUGAGUAAAAUGGAGAGGAAAUGAAUGUUAAUAAAGAAGAAGUAGUUAAUAAUUAAGGAUAAUAUGCUGGUAUUUAUGAGGAUAUGCUUUUAACAAACAACUUUUCUAGUUUAGAAAGUGUUGAAUUUAAAAGAGUUGAAUGCAUUCAUCCUUUAUAUGUGUUAUAUACUGCUCAUAGAGUAAAGAAGAGAUUUUAUUCCCCUAAAUUUAAUCUUGAUGAUUUCUUUGUUCAUUUAGCUAAUCUCUUUUUAGAUGAUACUUUGGAAGAUGAAUAAAUUGAAAAAAAACAAAAAAUAAGGCUAAUAUUUAACUUAUUUUAUGAAGUGGAUAAAUCAUUUUACACAAAAAGGCAUAAGGUGCUAAAACUAGCUCCUUUUUAGGCUUUUACUCCUGGAAAUCUUUACUAAGUUAUAAAUAAAUUAGAAAACGUUGCUUUAAUAGAAGAAAUGAAUGUCAAAUUGACGUAAUCGUCAUAUACCUUUUUGUAUUUUUUGAAAUAUAAUUUUUCCAGAAAUAAGUGUUUUCUCAAUAUCAGAAAAGUAAAUAUUGAUACUGAUUAUUCUUAAACAUACUAUUUUGAAUCUUCAUACUUUAGUAAUACUCUCAAAAGUUUAGAAUAAUCAAUUGUAAGUAAUUUGUUUUAGUUUAGUCCCUUUUUUUAUAAAAUCGUUCUCCCUAUGAGAAGUGACAAUGAUUACAGUAUUGAUAAUAUUUUUGAAUAUUUAAUUUCAUACCCAAAAAUUGUAGGUAGUAUGAAAGAUUUAGUUUUGUACUUAGAAGAAAUAUAGCCUUAAACUAUGAAUCUAUUAUUUUAGUCAGUUAAGGAAUUUAAAUGUAAAUAAUUAGUCCUAAAAAGGCAUUCAAAUAGCUAAGAGUCUAAAGAAGAAAAUCUAAAAACAUAGCAAGAUAUUGUCUUAAAUAAUAUACUUACUAAGAAAUCGAUUAAAAAUGUAAAACGUUUCAAGCCUGUUUAAUAAAUAACAUUUAAAUAAUUUAUUGAACUUAUUAAUAUUGACUUUUUCCAUAGCUCUGUAAAUAUAUUCGAAUUUUACAAAAGUUAUGUUGAAUAAUCUGAAUAAACCAAGCCUAAGUUCUCAGAAGUUUUGUAACUCAAGAAAUUUAAAAAUUAUUAUCAAUUAGAGGAAUUGGUUAUUCCCAAUUUCGAUUUAGAUAACAGUAACAAUAAUAAUGAAUGUGAACUUUCUUAAUUUUAGAUUAUAAAAAUGAGUAAUCUUAAAGAGUUAAAGAUUUUAUAUUCUGUCAGCUAAGCAGAUUUGGAAUAUCUGUGCUAUUAAGUAUGCAGAAUUAAUACCAAGCUUAAAAUCACUUUUAAUUCUAUUUAAGACGAGAUUUUAAUUAGCAUCUUUACUCCUCCUAAACUUGAACAAUAACAAAAACCUUCUACAACAAAAUAAAAUAUUGCAGAAAACGAAGACAAAGAAUAAAAUAUAAACUAUCAAGAAUGUAAGACAUCAUCACUUUAAAUACUUUCUUAUACUUAUGAUUAAAAAGGAUGUGAUUGGACUUACUUUUUAAAAUUGAUUAACUUGCAUCUGAAUCAAUUAGAUGAAUAGAAAAAAAUGGCUGUUUAUGAAAAUAUAAAUUAAAAUAGUUCGAGAUAUUACUUACCUAAGUUACAGUUAACUCCUUAGAUACUUUUCAAUAAAGAAUUAAGUAAACUAACUGCAAGCAAACUAUAUUACCCUAAUAUCUAAAUAACUGAUCCCAAGUACACUUCAUCAAUUCAAUUAUUUAUCAGUAAAUUAGAUUGUAUACAUAAUGUAAAUAUUCAAGGAGAAAAUGACUAUAACUUUUUCCAUUUACUUCCUCUUUUCGAAAAAUGCUACAGUACUUAGCUAUUCGAAGAUAUCUUUGAGCACUCAAGUUCAUAGAUAACCUUUGAAGAUAUAGCUAAAAUUCCUGAUUACAUAUUUAUGAACAUGAAUUAUUUAUGUCUCAAGAAAAACAAGUUUAUCUUGAAUGAAAAAACAAUAGAAAUUAUUUAGUAUUAGAAAAAGAGAUUUUUCUUAGAUGAUGCCGGAGUUUAAAAUAAAAAGAAAAAGAAAAAAUAAUAAAAGAAUGGAAGCGAUGCUGAAGUUGAAUAGUAAUAAAAUUAAGAUAACUUGUCAGAAGAAAAUAAUGAUGAAAAUCAAGCAGAAAAUGAAUUAAAAGAAAAAAUUGAAAGUAGUAGCAGUGAUAGUGACAGCGACAGCAGCUAAAGCUAAGAUGGUAAAGAAAAUGCUGCUGUAAAAGCUGAAAAAGAAGUUGAAGAAGAGGAGGAACAGAGAAUUAACGAUGAAGACUUGAUGGAUCAAAAGAAAUGGUUCACAAAAGAAAGCUUAGCACAGUUCUUAUCGAAAUUUGAAAAGUUAAAGAGGAUCAAUUUUGGUGAUACUUAAAUUGCAGGAGAGCACUUUAAUUCUAUCAGUUUUAAUAAUCUGCAUUACAAACUUGAACAUAUUGAUUUAGAUAAUUGUAAAGUUUAAAAUCCAACUGUAUUCCUUACCAACUUCCUUUAAAGUUGGGAAAAUGACAAAUAAGAUGAUGAGCCAAGACUCCAGCUUCAAAGAUUUAUUUCUUAGAUAUCAUUUACAAAUAAUUAUCCUUCAAAUAUUGAGUUUGUUAAAGAAUUGAUUGAGAGUUAAUAUUUUAAAGAGCAUGUGAAAUAUCUGAAUUUGUUAAAUUUAAUUAAAUUGCAUGAAUAAAAUGGCAAAGAACUUAUGAAAAUUCUUUCUUAGAUCUUAAAAAGAGGAGAUAACAUGUUUUGUAUAACUUCUUUCCUCAUCACUUUGGGUGAUAUUCGUAAUAAGUUAGGUGAUGCAGAAUUUGAUAUGGUAUCAAGAUCUUAUAACUCAAUAUAAUAUCUCUCUCCUUUCUUAUUCAAUAAUGUUUAUUAAGGUUUCAAUCAUAUCAUUUAGCACACCAGUGUUAGUCCUAAAUCUAAAGUAAUGUACUUUUUAAGUACAAACUUCUAAAAAUAUAUUUCCGGAUGUUCUUUUUAUGAAAUUUUAUAUCUUAUUUUUGACGAAGAUGAUUUGAUAAAGAAUGGAAUUAUUUUUGAACGCUUUUAAGAUAUUGUCGAUAAUGAAAUAUAUAAAUUAGAAGAGCUACUUGAAAUAAUUUAGAAAAUUUUAGAUUCUUUUAUAGAUAAUUAGAUAGGAGUAAACAUUUACUUUUUCAAUCAAAUUUAAUACUAUACAAAGUAGCUAGAAGAAACAAUAAGUUCGUAGCUUAGUGAAGAAUUAAAGGCAAAAAUUAAAAUUAUUUCUAAAACUGUUCAUGAAUUAGGUAAUAAAUAUACUGGUAUAGCUACUAUAUAUUAAUAAAUAAUGGAUUUAAAGAAAUCAUAGAAUCAAGAAGGUACUAGCAAAUUAAAAUCUUCAACUAGGAUUAAAACCAAAUAAAAUAGAAUGUCUGUGCUAGCUGGUAGCUAAAAUCUAUCAUUUUUGCAAAAGAGUGCGAACUAGAAUUUAAAAAAUUUAUAAGAAAGAGGUAUCAGUGAAAAAAAAUUGCAAUAACAUGAGCACUAGGUGAUUAUAACAAUUUAAUAUAUAAUAUACAUGUGUUAAAAAAUGAAAAAAACAUUUGACUACAAUGAAUUAUGGGUGCUUUUAGAAUUUGUAGAAACUCUAAAUUUGAGAAAUAAUAGCUUUUUAAAUUUUAAAGGUUUUAACAAUUACAUAAAAAGUCAUAUUUCGCCUUGGUUAGCGAUGAAUUAAGGAAUUUAAAAGUUAAAAGUAACAGAAAAUGCUCACUAAAAAUUGGAUUUAAGUACAAAAAAUAUGAAAAUUUUAGUUUAGCAGAGCAAAUAGGAUCAGGAAGAAGAAAUGAAUGACACAAAAAGAAACAAUUUAGAAAAUUUAAUUGAAUCUGAUAAUGAACUCGAUGAUACCAUUUUUGAUCAUCUCUGCUUAUUUAUCUAAAAAAGGAUGAAAGGACUUCGUUACUUAAAUUUAAGUGGAGUAAAUGUAAGUGAUAUAUUUGCAGAAAAGUUUAGUUUAAUUCUAUCAGACGAAGACCAGCUUAGAAACUUAGUAUACUUAGAUUUAACAAAUAAUAGACGUCUUUCUGCUUUCGGUAUGAAAUAUUUAUAUGCUGCAAUUGUAGAAAGAAUCCAUAAAGGGUUUAGAUUUGAACUAAGUUCAACAUUUGCAGAAGUAUAGAGUUUAAAAACUCGUGUAACAUCACUAGAGAAAAAAAUAGAAAAUUUAGUUGAUAAGAAAGAAGAAACAAAAGAUUUAGAAUAACUCAAGAGUGAAGAAAAUCAACUUAUUAAUCCUAAUAAAGCCUCUAAUAAAUCAAACAAUAAGCAAAUUAAAAAGAAUUAAAAUUAGGCUGAAAAGACAAACUUUGAAAAAGCAGGAAAUACUAAAUAGGAGAAAGAAACAAAGCUAAAUAAUUUAAAAGUUGAAGAAUAAAUUAUAAGCGCUUCUAACGAGGUUUCUUCAACUUUUUAAAAAUUCUUGAGCUAGUCAGUAAGUAAAAAGGAUCGUUCUUUAAAGAAGCUUUUUGAUGAAUAUGAAAGAUUCUAAGAAUAUUUAAAAAAGUGCUCUGAACAAGUAGAUAAAUAUGAGAGUGUUGGUGAAUAGGUUGAUUUGUCAAACUUCUUGAAUAAUGUUACAAACAUUGGUUUGUUUGACUCGAUAAAUAGCUUUGUUUUAAGAAAUUGGAAAACUCAUUAUUAUUUGAUUAUCAUAGUCGGAAUAAUAUUAUUCCCUUUAACUAUUUUCCACUUAAUUUAGGUAUUAACAAUCAGGAUCAAUACCACUAUUAGUACCUAUACUUUUUCACCUGAUUUUUUAUAUAGAUUAUUUAAGAAGAAGGAAUACUAUAUUCUUGUUGAUAAGAAGGUCCCUGAAUCAAUUACCUCUGAAGAUUUCUAUUUUGAUAAAGAUGUGGCUAUUUUAGAUCAAGUUAUAAGCGGAAAGAAUAUCAAUAUAAACGAUUCGGGAUAAAAGGCAAAGCUAAAAAGAAUUGAAUAAUUUUUAGAGAAACCUACGCAAGACAAUUUUUAAAAUAUAAAAAAAGGAACUUAAACAGAAAAAGUAUUUAAUUUGAUUAAACACUUCCACUAUGUGAUCUAUUUUAACAUGAUUGUUUUUUAGAUUUUCUUAUCAGUAAUAUAUCCUUUUAUAAUUGAAAAUAACAAAACUUAAGAUAACUGCUAAACAACUUCAGUUACAUAGGAUAUACCAAUAUAUAUCUACUUAAUUAUAUCUGCUUUUAUUGAGAUUACUUUGCUAAAAAAUUUGGAGUAGAUUAUUGGCUCUUAGUAAAUAUUUACAACAAGUAGCUUAUCUAUUAUUUCUCUUGUCUUUUCAUCAAUAAUGUCUAAAUAUGACAUAUACACAGACGUUUGUUUUGGUAUGCUUAUUACUAAAUGUGACAAGCUAAAGUCAGCAGAUCUUGGAGCUUAUUGCUUAGCAUUAGCUUCAUUAAAUAUAUUAAUUUCUUUAGUUACACAGAGAAAUGCAAUAGUGAGAAUAUGGGAUUUUAGAAAGAAAAAAUCAGGUGAGAUUCAUAAUACUGCAUUUAUAAAUCAAUACACAAAACUUGCCCUAGUUUAGGAAAUGAAUGCAUUUGGAGCUGUUUUAGAUAGAUUCUCAACAACAUCAGUUUAAAAGUCUUUAAUUAAAAUAAAUUUCAUGUAAGGUAUCUUAGUACCUCAAGUAAUCGUUUCUAAAUUUAUCAGAGCAUUCAUAGAAAAUAUUCCUUAAAUUGUAAUUUUGCUGUUAUAUCAGUUCAGGCAAGAAGGUUAAUCUCAAAUAAAGUUUGGAAGUUGGCAAUAUUUAAGAGUAAUAAUAUCGUCGCUGUUGAGUUUAAUUAGUGCAUUAUCACAAGCAUGGCAUGCAAAACCGAGUGUAUUUAAAACAUAUAUGUUCACAGAGUAUUUAAGCUUUAUUUAGAAAGGUUAAAGUGGGUAUAAGAUAAAUGUUACAUAUAAAGACUUUAGUUAAUCUUAUAGUUAUGAGUAAAUAUAUGCAAAAAUUAAGGCUUAUCUUCGUUUAUAUCCUAUAGUUAACUAAUCUAAUUAAGACAAUAAAAAAAAAUUAGUAACCAGUCAAUUACAAAGGUAAUAAAGCUAGAGUUAAGCACAAAAUGAAAGUGCUUCUUAAAUUUAGGAUAAUUUAUCUUAGGAUUAGUCAGUGAAUAUUACUUCUAAUCAUACUUUACGUUCUGUUUAGUAAAGUGAGGCUGUAUCAACCUAAAGGAGGGCCUCAGUUACUUCUUAAAAAAUAAAUAAUGAUGACUAGCUAAGUGAAAAUAGUGGUAUAAUACGUUAAUUUAUAAAGAGAGAGAGAAAGAUAGAAUACAAGUAAGGUUUAAUUUAAUAUUUAGCUACUGAUGGACUAACUCCAGAUGAAUUUUGGAAAUGUAUUGAUUAAUUAGAAGAUUAACAAAUUAAAGAAUAGCAAAUCCAAAAACUUUAGGCUGAGAGCAAGACUAAAAUUCCUUAAAUAAAAUGA